AUGCCCCAACACCACAAGAACAACAUGGCAACGCCAUGUCACCAGCUCUGGCAAGAAAAUGAGUGCCUGCAACAUCAAUGUGACAAUGAGGACAAUGUCAAUGUCAUGUGCCAAACCAGGUGCCACAUCACUAACAGCAACAUGCCAACCAAAUGA